AUGGGGUUCAUCCCCUUCCUCUGUACAGGACAGAGGGCGUGGCGGCCAUCCACCGGCUCCAUUGCCGGCAGGACGAACCCUAGUCGUCCACUCCUUCCCCUCGCGCCGUUCUCUUCCUCCCCGCACACACCCGAACCACCACCGCCAUGGCCGUCGUCAUUCGCGCACUCCCCGUCAUCCCCGAAGCAUGAGGUCGUGCCCCUGGACUUCGCCGUCGCCCGCUACUUCCUCUACCGCCUCCCAUUGAAGCUCGGCGCCACUACAUCGCCUGCAUCGAGUCAUCUUCCACCUCCGGCCGCCGCUCAUCGCCGCUUCGAUUUGUUGCCUCCAAGCCUUCCCCGAGCUUGCUUUGCACCUCUACAGGUUCGCGUCGCCCGCGCCUCGCAGCCAUCGUCGGCUUCCCACCUGCGCCGCCGCCCGCCUGGACCUGCGCCGCGACGAACACCAGCGCCGCCCAGCGCGCGACCAACACCAGUGCCGCCGCCUGCAGCCCGCCUGGACGUGCGCCGACGCUUCCACCUGCGGCGCCCGCUGCGAAGGCAACCUGCGCCGGCGCCCGCCUCGAGCUGCGCCGCCAGCGCCGUUGAAUCUCGCUGCAACGGUCGCCCACCUGCGCUGCCCGCGGUAUCCCACCUGCGCAACCACCUUCGCCGCCCACUGCCACAAACCUGCGCCUCCGACUUCGUCCGCUUCGGCCGCCGGCGCCGCGGACAAUUCCGGCCACUCCCGCCUCUGAUGUUGCUACUGCCGGUGGGCGAUGCCGACGUGGACCUCUGAUGAUGCUUCUUCCCUUUCCCUUGCCCCGACUCUGCUCGUACUGGUGCUGGUGAGUCUGCCCCGCCCGCUUCUGCUGCUGCUGCUGUUCAACUAGUGGUGUGAGUCUGAAGAUUAUUGUUGUGUCUGGAGAACCUGCAAAGAUAAUUCCUGAACCUACAAGAUGAUUGCUGAAUUGAGUUGAGGUUAGUUGAGUUGAGUUGUCAUGCUGAAAUGGUGCAAUGUUGAUAAAAAAAUUCAGUUAACUUUUCAACACAAGUUAACUGCAUUCAGAUCUCUUGAUGCUCAAAACCUGUCAAUUUCUGUCUGCUUUUGAUCUGUCAAGUUGAUAUUCAGUCAAGUUGAUGUCAAACUUGACACAUAAAGUUGAUAAUCAGAAUAUUUAUAGUUCCCCAAAUCACAAAACUGGAUUCCAAACAAUGCAUUUGAUAAUUUUGAAGGACAGACCAAAGGAAUCAGUUGUCACUGUUAAUUGAUUAGAAAAUGCAUGCUUCCAUGAGUGCACUGAAAGUUCAGUGAACAGAGAGACAAGAUGUAGGGUUUUUAGCUGCUGCCACAACACAAAGUCUAUAGAUGCUGAAGUUGUCAGUAUAAAAUCAUUCAGAGUAGAUGAUGCAAGCAAUCAACAUUCAGUUUUGACCAAAGCAGAGAUGUAAAAGAUGUUACUCCACACAUUCAGUGUCAUACAAUUACAGAGAUGUUACUCCAACACACAUAACAGCACCACAUUGAGUGUCAUACAAUUACAGAGAUGUAGAGUUGUCAGUAUUAAAUCAUUCAAAAUUUUCCUGUCAAAAUUUUCAGUCAAGCACAACUGAUCAUGUAAUUUGAGAAGAUUACUCCAGAUUUUGGAAACAAUCAAUUGCUCCAGAUUCUGUCAAUUACUUGUGUCAAUUAAUCAUGUCAAUGGAUAAAUUAUUGGAGUAGAUCAAAUUCAGUCAUUAUAAUGUUUGAUGCCAGCAUUAACAAUUAGUUCUGAUGCAGAUCAAGAAGUACAGGAACCAGAGUGAAGAAGCAGAUCAACAAUCGGAGAAAUAGCAGUAGUAGAUCAAGAAGUACAACAGAUCAACAAAGCAACAGUGGUAACUGAAUUUUCAACACUUCUCUAUACUGCAUAAACAUUCUGUGUUUGAUCAAAUGAUUGUCAAGAUUUAUGCAAAUGAAGAUCAUAGUAAGAUAGCAGUAUUUAUGUACUCUGAAAUUCAGUAUUGGUAGAGAUGUAUUGAUGUAUCAUGUGUCAUGUGUAUGUAUUGUCUCAUGUGUAUCUCUCUGUGUAAUGUGUUCAAUGAGAAAAGAUUGGACUAUGUCAAGUAAAUUAUUUGAAUUAUUUGAAUUUAUAUGAUUUUAUUUGAAUUAUUUGGA